UUAAAGAUGUCGUUAGGUCGCUUUCAGAUAAAAUAAUACAUGAAGAUUAUGUGAUACGAAGGGAGAUAUUAAAUUCCCCAUCAUUCCCUGAAGUUUGCCCCCCACCACAGUAGCUGUGAUAUUAAACUAUAAUGUAUAAACCAGUAUUGAGUUCCAUGGCUUUGAGCCUCAUCAACAUUAUUAUAUUUUCAUGUUUCAUAGAAUUUGCAGUAUCGUCAGACCAAGAUACAGUAUGGAAAGAUAUAUUACAACAGUACCGUCGAUGGGACGGCAAUUAUAAUUAUAAAUCUGAAGUCUACCCUUGUACACUUUUAAUCCAUUCUGUACAAAAAGGUACUGAUGGUGGAAUGUAUGCUACAUUUAGAGACAAGAAUACUGUCAUGGAAGUUGAUGGAUAUUCUGCUACAGAAGAAGAAUGCAUUGAUAUUAGAAAAGUGACCACAUUUAAUGAAAGUGAUAUCUUUCCUAAAGAAGAUGAUUUUCGAGCCAAGUUAUGUUUGAAACACACGAAAGACAUGUGGACAUUAUUUGGAAAUAUUACUGAGCCAAAUAAAAAAGAUUUUGGUUAUAUGUAUUUAGAUGCAAAGGCGUCUGCAUCGAAGGUAGAAGUGUUUGAUGAUGGUAAGGAAGGGAUGAGGAUUGGUUUAGCGGUUGGAAUCCCGGUGACAUUGGCCGUUAUUUUAUCAAUCGUGGCAGUCAGUAUGAUAGUGUGGGCCGUUAAAAAAGGAUAUUUACGUCAUGUCCCACGAAAUUACAAAAAUUUUAACAAUAACAAAAUGGUGGAGUUUAGCAAUUCUGAAACAGAAUCAACAACUGCCACAAAUCCUACUGUUCAUAUUUAACU